CCAUAUACAUACAUACUAUAUUCCAUGUAUUUUCAUGCAGUUCGUUCACCCACAACAACGCAGCAACGAAUUCCGCAGUCACCAUUUCAACCGACACCUCUCUACCAACGCACCAUAGCACGACAGUAUAAAAUCGGACAGCGUCAAAAGCUGAAAUACCGACAAAGCAGUGAAUAGCGUUGUAAAGAUUCUACAUUUGCACGCGUAAUUUCCUCAGACAUAGCGCAGAAAAGGAAAAUUUGUAAAUAAAAGAAAUUUUGUGGAUGUGAGACAAUAGCCAGUAGAACAAACGCAACCAACGCUUUACCUUGACAGUGACGACGUCGACAAAAGUGGCAAGUCAGUGGAGGAAGCAAACCAAACGUAUUGGAAAAAGAAAGAAGCUGUACAUACAUACAUAUCUAUAGUUUCUUGAAAACAUUUUAAUAUAUUGUACUAAAUAAAAGAAACUCUUACAGGAUAGUCAAGUGAGUAGCUUCAGUGGUCUGACAUGUCAUCAGCUGAGGAGCAAAAUAACAAGAUGAAUGAAUUAACGCCGGAAGAGAUACGCGCUCGAAGAUUGCGUACAUUAGCGGUAGCUAAUACCCCAAAAGUAAAUACACCCAGCAGUACCGCAACUACAACAAUAGAGAGCAGCUCAAGCUCCACUACAAUUCCGACAUCACCAGUGUCAGCGGAUGAUAAUGAGAAGGGCUUAGCACCCCGCUGUCCCAACUAUGCUACUAAGGAUUCACGCUUGUUGCGCACACAACUCACAGCGGAGGCUUCUAAUUCAUCAGAAAACAUGCUACCCCCUUCGGAAUCUACGAAAAUGGACGUUGACGUUGAAAUGAAUUCACUAAAUACAACACCUACUCAACCCAUGGAUAUAGCUAAAUGCCCAUUAGUUCUGACCGCUGCUUCAUCAACCUCGUCUGUAUUCACACCUUCAACAGAAUGUGCUAUAAAAGCAGAACUCGCCAAUUAUAGCAACGAAACAGUUGGCAGCAGUGUCGUUGACUGUAUGGAGACGACAGAGAUUACAAACACGAUUAGCGAACGUAAGCAGCCGGAACAGUCGUUAGAUGAACGCAUUGAGGGCAUGAUUUCGAAAAUAUUCAAUGCUGCAUGGAAUGAACAUAGUGUCGGCUCAAUGAUAUGCCCGCGUACUGCCAAUUUUCUUGAACAAUAUCCACAUAUGCGUUUUGAUUUUGAAACGAUCAUACAUGAUCUACUGCUAGAGUGUGUGCUAAAGUUGUAUAAAGAAGAGCAUGAUUCAACAGAGAGGGCUAGCGGCGGAAGCGUUGCAGCGGCUACCGACGAGGCCAAUAUUCCGUCUACGAGUGCUAGUACCUCAGCAAUAGCUGUAAGUUCCAGUGACAAUAAUAAAGCGACUUCAUCGAAAUCUGUCGCUGCAUCUGCAUUGGCGACGUCUACGUCUAAAACAUCGGCAGCAUCAUCAGCGAAUCCCACUUAUUCAACUCCGAAAAAGAUCAAAAGCGAUGACAGGGAAGUACAAGAAAUAUUGGCAAAUGCAGCGCCAGGCAGCGCAGGUGGCACGCGACCAUCGAUUUUCUUUUCAGAAAAUGCAAUGAGUGGUGGCGGCAGUAGUAGUACACGCGACGAUGAACAACCCACAUCAUCACAGGCAGCGACUACCUCAGCUGCUGCUAAUUUGGAUUGCACCACCUAUCCAGUACCAACGUCUGCCACAAUGCGCGGCACUGUGGUCAAGCAAGAUGUCGUCUUAUACUUGGUAAAUUGUCAUCGGCUACGUCAACAAUACUUAACUGAUAAUAAUGUUAGCAGCAGCAAUGAUCCAAUUGAGGCGGCAACGAAAAUUCAAAGCAUACUACAACAAGUAUAUGACGCCGUAAUGCGCACCACAAUACUUGUGCUCACCGAUCGCAUCUAUGAAAAUUCGAAUUAUAUAUUAGAUCAAUCAGCCUUGCUGGAAAUGCUCUACCAAGGUCGCAUACCCGAUGGAUUCUUGUAUGAUUUGGUGGCUACCGCCUACAACCAAUUUGAAGACUUCCAACAAAUCUUUACACAACUUCUGCGUGGUCUCUUCAUUGGCAUGCAACGCAAUAUUUGUACAGCCAAUAUAAAUACACAGCAAAUUGAUUUGUUAUCUAAAUUGGUCACCGUUAAAGUUGGAUCGUCAAGGCCGAUAUGUGAUUUAAUUGCUGCGCAAGUGAAUUUCCUACCUGAAAUGUGUACGAAAAUACCAGGCCGAGAAAUAGUGAAAUGCAGCUAUUUAGGGCCAUUCUUAUCCGUCUCGCUGUUCGCCGAGGAAAAUGUGAAAUUCGCAGAGGCGCAUGGCAAAGGCAAUGCCAUUGUGUAUAGCAUGUACCACUUUCGUUGGGAAAUGCAAUCAAUGCGCACCUCAAUGCAUACAGUAUUUCACUCCUUGCUCGUCAACGUAAAUAGCCGCCCUAAAACGCUUGACUACAUUGGCAAAAUACUGCGCUACAACGAGCGUCGUGCACAGCUCGCUUGCGAUGAAAAAUUGCUUGCACGCGAUGGUUUCGUCAUAAAUCUAAUGAGCGUAUUGCAACAGCUGUCGGUGAAAAUCAAAUUGGAUCGCAUCGAUCCGGCUUUUCCCUUCUAUAAAGACUCGUUGAUCUCCAUUGAGAAUGAUACGAAAUUACGUUACGCUGAGGACGAAUAUAAACAGUUCAUUGAACGUAAUUUUGCUACGGUCACACAUAAUGCCAACUUCCAGACGCAAUGUUGGUUCCUAACACUUCAAGCGCAUCAUUUGGGCUAUAUGCCAGCCAUACAACGCUAUCGGCAGAAGGCACGCGCCAUUAAAGAACUCCAAAAACUCAUUGACGAAAUCGAUCGCACCAAAUCGCAUUGGGAGAAUACACCAUAUGCGAAAAGGAAUAAACAAUUUCGUGAACGUUGGCAUAAGCAAUUGAAAAAGUUGACCAGGUCCAAAAUGUGCAGUGAACUAUGCUUGCUCGAUCCUAAACUUUUAUCAGCUUGCAUGUACUUCUAUUCGACUGUUUGUGAAUAUCUACUAUAUCAAAUUGAGGGACGUGCCAUUGAGGGCCCAUUCAUAGCCAAGGUGCCGGUGCAACAAUUGAAGCCGACCGAUGCAUUUGCUGCACUGCCCGAGUGGUAUGUCGACGAUAUUGCCGAAUUCAUACUGUUCGCCAUGCAACAUGCCCUCAAUGAUAUACGGCAGACAAUCGAUCAUUCGAUAAUCACAUGGUUGUUGACGUGCGUCUGUGUGCCCAAUCUCAUAAAGAAUCCUUAUGUCACUGCCAAAUUAGUUGAAGUGUUGUUUGUGUUCUCGCUUGGACCACAAAAUUCAUUAAGCGCAUCUGUAAGCACAAUGUGGAAUCAUGAAUUGGCACAGACUGUGCUUUGCAGCGCGCUAAUGAAAUUCUACGUAGAUAUUGAAACGACUGGACAAAGUACUGAGUUCUAUGAUAAAUUUACUAUUAGAUAUCACAUAAGUCAUCUAUUUAAAUCAAUGUGGGAAAAUCCUGUGCUACGGCAAGUAAUGAUAACCGAAUCGAAUUCGGGCAAACAAUUUGUGAAAUUUAUUAACAUGCUCAUGAACGAUACCACAUUCCUGUUGGACGAAUGCCUAGAAAAUUUGAAGCGCAUACAUCAAACACAGGUGCUGAUGAUGAACGAGAGCGCAUGGGGGCAAAUGAGCUCUGAACAGCAGCAAACUAGACUCUCACAAUUAAAUACUGAUGAACGACAGUGUCGUUCUUAUUUGACACUUGCACGCGAAACUGUGGAAAUGUUUCAUUAUUUAACGAAUACUCUGAAAAAAUGGUUUGCAGGGCGGAAGAACACAACUGGCCAAGGCUUCUCGAUCGAGCUGAUUUCCCAAAAACUCGUUGGGAGAAUUUGUAUGCUGUAACAAUAACAACAACAUAAGUGCGUAUAGUACUUUUAGGCCGUGUGUCUUGGGAGAUUGUAGCAUGGCAGUGUGCCAUUUACAAUCUGGAUUUUUAUUUCUUUAAAUGACGGAAUAUGCAGUUCAUUGCUUCCUUCUUUUUAUUGUAAUAAUGGGAGACGAUGGUUGUGUAUU